AAACGAAGAGCACACAUACAGAGAGAGAGAGAGAGAGAGAAGAGAUGUUGUUUCAGGUGGGAGGGCAAGGAACGCGGCCGACAUUCUUCGAGAUGUCGGCCGCCCAGCAGCUGCCGUCAAGUGUACGCGCCGCUCUCACUUACUCACUCGGCGUAUUUGCUCUGAGAAGACCCUUCAUUCAUAAAAUUUUGGAUUAUGAAGAUGAGUUUUUUGCGCUGCUUAUGCUAGUCCUUGAAACUCACAGUUUGCGCACAACAGACGCUUCUUUUUCAGAAUCUUUAUAUGGCUUAAGGAGGAGGGGUGUUAAGAUUAAAUUGAAAAAGAGCAAUUUGCUUACAAAUUCCGCCGAUGAGGUCCAUCACACCGGCUUACAUAAACGUCAAAAAGUGCUAUCAGUUGUAUUUCUGGUUGUUUUACCGUAUUUGAAGUCAAAACUCCAAUCAACCUACAACAGGGAAAGAGAAGCCAGUCUUCAGGCAAGUCUUUGGGGAGAUAGUGAUGAAAGGUUUGAUGAUGACUAUGUUAGUAGAGGCAAUAAUUCCUUUGGGCCAAGGGACGUUUCAAAUGUUGAAGCAUCAGCUAGAGCUCGUUGUGUCAAGAGGUUAAGGAAGAUUGUUGGUGCUUGCUACCCUUGGCUGCAUGCUGGAAAUGAAGGAUUGUGUUUUGCCUAUCAGCUAUUAUACUUGUUGGAUGCCACUGGGUUCUACUCUCUGGGAUUACAUGCACUUGGCAUUCAUGUUUGUCGAGCUACUGGUCAAGAGCUGAUGGAUACAUCUUCCAGAAUUUCGAAAAUAAGAAGUCGUGAACGCGAGAGACUCCGUGGCUCCCCUUGGCUAAAGGCACUACAAGGUGGUUUACUCAGCUGUGCAUAUGCUGUUCUUGACUAUGCCCAGACUGGUUUGAUUGCAGCUGUAUUUUUCUUCAAAAUGAUGGAAUGGUGGUACCAGUCUGCUGAAGAAAGAAUGUCAGCGCCAACCGUAUAUCCUCCUCCUCCACCACCUCCACCUCCAAAGGUCGCGAAGGAGGGGAUUCCACUACCUCCAGAUAGGACUCUAUGCCCAUUAUGUUUGCAGAAGCGUGCAAAUCCAUCAGUAAUGGCCGUUUCAGGAUUUGUGUUUUGCUAUACUUGUGUAUUUAAAUAUACCAAUCAGUACAAACGCUGCCCCGUCACAUUGAUGCCUGCAGCGGUGGAUCAAAUCAGGAGGCUAUUCCAUGAUGUAUAACAGAUAGGUUUUUUCCUCACAUAGCUGCAGCUAUUUAGCUAUUACAAAAUUGAGGCUUCAUGGCCAUUGCUGCAUAUUGGAUCUACAGCUUACACCGAUGCUCGUUCGUUCGUAUCUUCUCCCACAGCAUUUAGCAGAAGAUUCUGCUGAAAUCUUCCCUCCUAAACUAUGUUUAGUUUCUCUCCAAUCAAAGAUGAAGAAAUAUGUAUAUGUCAUUUGCUUAGCUUUUGUAGAUUAACUCUAAAUCAUUUUUACAUUCUUGUUCAAUAAAAGUAAGAUGGGCAAAAACUCCAUUUAUUUGUUGUGCA